CGUCUGGCAAGCACAGCAGACAGAAUUUCAAGAUGGCGGUCUGUAUUGCUGUCAUCGCUAAAGAGGUAAAAUGAAACAAGAAUGCUAUUUAAAUCCACAUUUGAUGUGAUGUCAUUUGAAUUUCUUUUAUUUUAUUUUAUGUACUAGCCUCUACGAACCUGAGUGGUGACUGUGAUGCUAUAAGGCUAGCUAGUAGCUAGCCAGCUGGGCUAACUAGCUAAAUGGAGUAUGGUUUAUUUAGAACUGACUAGCUAGCUAGCUAUGUUGUAGAGUUCAUUUGAGGUAUAAGCAUGCAAUAAUACUGCAUCAAGUCAGACUUCAGGUAAAAGGUCCGGACAUAGGUAGCUAUUCUUAUUCAAUUAAUAUGCAGAUCAGUGCUGUUCUUCCAUCUUGGUCCAAACCAAAGAAGGCUGUGGAGGCUUUUGUUCUAGCCCAACACACCCAAUGUUAACUAGCUAGCUAAUCACUUAAGCACUCAGGUGUGUUAGUAUUGGGCUGGAACAAAAGCUUGCGCUCCCGCAACCUGUGGUCCAGCACCAUAGACAUUAUAUCUGCAAGUAUUUGGGCAGUUGUAUACAUUAUCUUUUGUGAUGAAUUUAGGUUUUAUUAUGGAAGGUUGCACUAAUUAAUUUCCUAUUCUCUCUGUUAGAAUUAUCCUCUGUACAUCCGAAGUGUACCGAUACAGAAUGAACUGAAGUUCCACUACACGGUGCAUACCUCUCUGGAUGUGGUGGAAGAGAAGAUUUCAGCAGUCGGCAAAGCUAUGGCAGACCAGAGAGAGCUUUACCUUGGGUUGCUGUACCCAACUGAGGACUACAAAGUGUAUCCUUCUCAUAUGAUAAAAUUGUAUAUUACACUCCUUUCUGCAUCAUGUUUUUUUUCCUAUUGAAAUUAUUUUUACCGACUUACCAGAUAUGGCUAUGUGACAAACUCCAAGGUGAAGUUUGUCAUUGUCGUGGACUCGUCAAACACAUCUCUGCGGGACAAUGAGAUUAGAAGUGUAAGUCAUCCCCUGACUUCGUAUGGUUCCCUUAUGUUAUCUUAAUGGCUUUCAGGGGAUCUGAUUGCUUCAUAGUUUGUCAUUUUGAUGAAAACUACUUGACACAUUGGUUAUAUUCUUUCCUUCAGAUGUUCAGAAAGCUACACAACUCAUUUACUGAUGUGAUGUGCAACCCAUUCUACAAUCCUGGAGACACCAUUCAGUCCAAGUAAGUUAUGCCCACCACAGUGUUAAUAUUGCAAUGGUGUAUCUAUCAAAAUUGCUAUUAUCAUUGUCUGAUUUACAACUUUUCUCUCCAGGGCCUUUGACAGCAUGGUGUCUGCAAUGAUGGUGCAAGUUAGCUGAUAUUGUCGUCCUCCUGAACAUCUGUACAUAAUUUCCUGAAACCCUUUACAUGUUGCCUCGUGUAUAAACAGUAAAAUAAACUAUGUCCAUCAGAA